AUGUCAAAAUCAAAUAUAAUUUCAUCUCAAUGUCAGAUUUGUGCAGUUCCUGCCAUUCAUUCUUAUUAUGGUGUUAUAGCGUGUGGAUCAUGUAAAAUGUUUUUUAAACGAAACGCUGAAAAUCGAACUAAAACAUUGAAAUGUCAUUUUGAUGGUCAAUGUGAAGUGAAUAUCAAUACUCGUCAUGUAUGUGCUGCAUGCAGAUUAGAAAAAUGUUUUCAAGUUGGAAUGUGUGUUGAAUCGAUUCGAUGUUCUCAAACGCACAGAAAGAAAAACAACACUGCAUCAUUAGCAUUAGUUCAAAUGAGUAUUCAAAACAAUACACGAUCACAAAUGAUAAGAACAUUAAAUUUACUUGAACAAGAUCAAUCAUCAUUAACCACUAAUCAAUGGACUCUUCUAUCGAAUUUAAUUCAUUCAUAUGAUGAACAUAAUGCUCUAGCAACUGCACAAAAUUUUAUGAACGAAAUAAAUAGUUUACAUCCAAAAUUACGCUUCAAAAUUGAUGCAAGAAAAAUCGUUGAAUUUGUUACAGUUCUUUCUCAAACAAUAGAACCAUUUAUUCAAUCAAAUCAACAUUUUACGUCAUUACCUCGUCAUGAUCGUUCGAUUGUCUUGCGUGGAGCUGUUGAUAAUGUUACUUGUCUUGCUUCUGCUUUCAUCAUGCGUCAAUCUGAACUCAUCAACAAUUCAGCUUUUCGUAAUGGACUGGAGAUUACUUAUGGUACUAUUCCAUAUCAACUAAGUUUGAAAGUGAUUUCAUUAGUGGAUCAAGAUGUUGAUCUCGUUAAAUUAACAUUAUCUAUAUUUGCUUUUUGCACAAAUUGUUGUACUGUAUUCAAUGAAAAUACUUCACACACGUAUUUAAGAGAUAUUCAAUCAUUGUUAAAUAUUCAAAAUAUGUAUGCUGAAGUUAUAUGGAAAUAUUUACUUUAUAAAUACAAAUUUGAACAAUCGGUCAUACGUUUUACUCAUCUUAUCAGAACUAUUAUUGGUGCAAUUACCGUUAGAACUCUUCUACAGACUGUUCAAAAUCAUACUGAUGUCGUUGAAACACUUGUUAAUCAUAUCGAACAAGAACAAACAAACAUUAAUGAUGACUAA